AUGGCUACACCGUCGCCUUUCCUCGAGCCAGGUCCUACCACCUCUACCGGUGACCUGGCAAUUGUUCUUCUCUCACGCGACAACCUCCAACCCGUCACCCUCGAGGAAUCGACUGGCGCAGUUGAUGGUUAUCUUGAAGGCGCAACCCUUAAUACACGAUUCGGAUCGUUCCCUCACUCUACGCUACUCAAUAUUCCAUGGGGAUCUCAAGUUCGCGCAUCAAAUGUUGAUACUGGAUCAAGAGGACGAAAGCGCCGCCGUGAAGCGACAGACGACGAUACGCCAACGACGACUGGCCCAGACGAGGAAGUUACAGAUGUAACAUCCAAGCCUGCAAAGAAGGCCGUUGCUGCGGCAAGUGGCUUCAUUCAUAUUCUUCGACCGACACCCGAGCUUUGGACGAGCAGUCUACCCCAUCGAACUCAGGUCGUGUAUACCCCCGAUUACAGUUACAUCCUGCAGAGAAUACGAGCGGUUCCUGGCACUCGCAUUAUUGAAGCAGGUGCAGGUAGUGGAAGUUUCACACACGCCUCUGCUCGAGCUGUAUACAAUGGCUACCCCAAGGAUGAUAGUGACCGAAAAGGAAAGGUUUACAGCUUCGAGUACCACGAACCACGAUACCAGAAGAUGCAGGAAGAGAUUCACGAGCACAAGCUGGAUGGUGUUGUGCAAUUGACACACCGUGAUGUCUACGGAGAUGGUUUCAAUGUGGAUGGAAAGUCUCCUUUGGCUACUUCAGUCUUUCUCGAUUUGCCCGCGCCAUGGGAAGCUCUUCACCACCUUUCCCGACAAAGACCUGAAAAGCUCAAGAACGAGGAGAACUGGGUCUCACCCCUUGACCCUAAGAGGAGUGUUCAUAUUUGCACUUUCUCACCUUGUAUAGAGCAAGUCACCCGAACAAUCGAGGAAAUGCGACUCUUGGGCUGGACAGAUAUUGAUAUGGUGGAGAUUUCUGCCCGACGUAUCAACACUAUCCGUGAGCGAGUCGGAGCAAACCUUCCCGCUGAAAGGGGUAAUGUUCAAGCACCAGCAGACGUUAAGGAGGCUAUGCAAAGGCUCAAAGAAAUUAACCGAAAAACGAAAGAAUUCCACAAGGUUGCUUUCAAGUCAACAAACACCGAAGACGACUCUUCAGCAAUGGACAUUGACACACCAAAGUCGAACUCCUCCAAGAGCAACGGAAAGGUCGCUGAAGAUGAUGUAAAGCCCUGGAUGGCUGGAAACCUCUACCAUAGACCCGAGACGGAUCUCAAGACUCACACAUCAUAUCUCACUUUUGCUGUCCUGCCUAGAGAGUGGACAGAGGAGGAUGAGGCAGCUGCUUUCGCAAAGUGGCCAUGCGGACAAGAGUCUGGUGGAGUGAUUGGAAGCCUCAACAGACAGGCUCGUAAGCAACAGACACGGGAGAAGCUUGCGGCAAGGAAGAAGCAGAAGCAGGAGCAGGAAAAUGAUACCCAGAAAGAGGGAGCUGCCGAGGAGACGACAGAAACGCAAUAA